UUGCCUCCCUUCCACACCUUCCUCCUCAGAGGCAAGACAACAACAGCUGAGGCAGAGAAAGGGUAGAGAAUUGGAGAGCUGGGGCAGCCAAUUCCCUGAAGAUCCAGGUGUUUAAAGAAGGGGUCGGGUUUGUGAAGAUGGGAACUAUACAAGAGGCAGGAGAAAAGACAUUGGCUCUUGGGGUCAGGGAGAAUGCAGAAGCAGCAGGACUAGGAGCAUCCGUGAGACUUGCAGAAUUGGAGCUGAAGGAGGAGUGGCAGGAUGAAGAAUUCCCUAGAUUGCUUCCUGAAGAGUCUGACUCUUCUGAAGAUCCCGACGAUCCUAAAAGAGACUCACAGGCAGGUACCCCCAGCACUUUAGCCCUGUGUGGCCAGCGCCCCAUGCGUAAACGUCUUUCUGCCCCAGAGUUACGACUGAAUUUGACGAAGGGGCCUGGAGAUAAUGGUGCUUCUCCCAUCCACUCUGUACCCUCCUCUCCUGAUGACAGUUCUGACCUGGAAAUAGACGAAUUGGAGACACCUUCAGACUCUGAGAAGCUGGACAGUGGACAUGAAUUUGAAUGGGAAGAUGAGCUACCCCAGGCAGAGGGCCUGGGGGCCAGUGAGGCAGCUGAAAGGCUGGGCCAGGGUUGUAUGUGGGAUGUGGCUGGAGAAGACGGCCAUCGCUGGAGGGUUUUCCGGACAGGGCAGAGGGAGCAGCGAGUGGACAUGACUGUCAUUGAGCCCUAUAAGAAAGUCCUAUCUCAUGGAGGUUACCAUGGUGAGGGGCUCAAUGCUGUCAUCCUCUUUGCUUCCUGUUAUCUACCCAGAAGCAGCAUUCCCAACUAUACCUAUGUCAUGGAACACUUAUUUAGGUAUAUGGUGGGAACUCUGGAGCUGCUGGUAGCUGAAAAUUACCUGCUUGUUCAUUUGAAUGGAGGCACAAGCAGGGCUCAAGUUCCACCUCUGAGCUGGAUACGCCAGUGUUACAGGACUCUGGAUCGGCGGCUAAGGAAAAACCUGCGUGCCCUGGUGGUUGUCCAUGCUACGUGGUAUAUGAAGGCAUUCCUGGCACUGCUUCGGCCCUUCAUCAGUUCCAAGUUCACCCGAAAAAUUCGUUUUCUGAACAGCCUGGGAGAACUGGGCCAGCUCAUCUCCUUGGACCAGAUCCACAUCCCGGAAGCUGUCAGACGGCUGGACCAGGAUCUCCAUGACUCAGGAAGGACCUAGCAUAGGACUGGAAUAAAGGGCCUUAGAACCAAGCAAAGAUAUCCGUCAGCCUACACCUUUACCCCUGAAACAUCUAAGCUGUUUUGUAAAUCAUCUCAUCGUCAACCCCAGUACCACUGGAUCUUGACAUCUCAACGUGUCAUUCCUUCCCAGACCUUGCCUUCGAAGCAGAGCUUUGAGGUCUGGAACCUGAUCUGCUGGUGACUUGCAUUUCAGCCAGCAGUGGUAUUUUGUAUGGGCAAGUGCGAAGCUGUGGGUCCUUGUCCUGCUUUAGCUGUACAACCUGGGGCAGUCACUUCAUCUCCAUGAGUCAUUUGCAUCCUCUGGAAGGGGCUGAGAUCUCUCCGCCUGGGGGAUUCCAGCAGUCCGCCCGCCCGGAUGAGGGGCCAUGGGAAAAGCAGGGCUUCCCUGAGCACAGGCAGCCUGCCUGUGGGAGCCAGGAAAGAGUCCACGCCCCUCCUCUACCCGCCGCCCCCCCCACACACGCCCCCAAAAGCUUGGAGAACCGCUGUCUGCCCCUCAUCCCUUCUUAGCCAUGUCUGCUGCCUGGGAGCCCGGGAAGGAGUGCUUUCCAAACCUUUCUUUAGUCAAUUCAGAUGUGUGGUGGUUAAUAAAUUGCGAGAGAUUGGA